AUGAUCGAAUUGCCUGAAGUCGAUCUUUUAAAACUUGGCCCAAUUAGUCUUGAGAUAUUUGAUUCGGUUGCCGAUUACCUCGUACUGCUCAAAUCAAUCUUCGAUUUCGAUAGUAUCAAAGCUUACCUCCACGGUAGCCCACCGCCGUUGAAGGUACUAUUCGACGGGAUGCACGGUGUCACGGGUCGUUAUGGUGGACAAGCUAUCUUUGUCAAAUCCCUUGGUCUCUCGGCCGACUCGAUCCAGAAUUGCGUAUCCAGUCCUGACUUUAAUGGCGGACAUCCCGAUCCCAACUUGACGUACGCCCACGAGUUGGUGGCCCGGGUCGAUAAGGAGAACAUAGGCUUUGGGGCGGCCUCAGAUGGAGAUGGGGAUCAAAACAUGAUCUACGGGAAGGAUGCAUUUGUCACCCCGAGUGAUAGUGUGGCUAUUAUCGCCGAUUGGGCCCAGGAAUCCAUCCCUUACUUCAAAGACGGCAUUAAAGGAUUGGCGCGUAGUAUGCCUACCAGUGGCGCUAUCGAUCUGGUUGCUAAAGCAAAAAAACUUGAAGUGUUUGAAGUGCCAACCGGAUGGAAGUUUUUUGGCAAUUUGAUGGAUGCCGGUCGAUUAUCUAUCUGCGGGGAAGAAUCGUUUGGAACCGGUUCAGAUCACAUUCGAGAGAAGGAUGGACUGUGGGCAGUCGUCGCGUGGCUUUCGAUCCUUGCCGCUGCCGAGAAACGAGGAAUCAAGAACGGGAUCAAAGGUGUGCUCCAAGACCACUACAAGAAAUACGGGCGAAGUUUUUUCUCGCGUUACGAUUACAAAGAAGUGGAAUUGGCUGGUGCAUCAAAGAUGAUGGCACACAUCGAGUCGGCCUUUGGGAAGGGUGAUUUUAUCGGCAGUUCGUUGAGCUCGGAGACUAGCAGUACGAGCUUCAAAGUCAAAGAAGCCGGUAACUUCAGCUACACCGACCCGAUCGAUAAGAGCGUCUCCAAGGGACAAGGACUUUUUGUCAAGUUUGCAGACGGAAGUAGGAUUGUCUAUCGCUUGAGUGGAACCGGAAGCGCCGGUGCGACGAUCACCAGCUCAUCGGAAGGAAUCCCUUCCGACGAGCUGGUUUAA